AAAAAAAUAUUUUUCGAUAAAAGUUGCUUUGUUAUUUGCAAAUCUCAUUUCAUUACUAAUUGAUUAUUUACCGUAUAUUUGCAUUUCAUCAUGCCAUCUCAUCCGUCAUGAAUGGGAUUAUGAUGAUCACGAUUCGUAAAUACGUGGAUCAGAUUCGUUGAUUCGUGGAUUGGAUUAAAAUAGAUCCGUGGAUUGGAUUCGUGAAAUUUUGUCUACUUUUUGUAAUGGUACGAUUUGGAUGGCCUGAAGAAUUAUAGGCGUGUAGCAGGAGAAAUAAUAAAGUCCGGAAGGCGGCAUCAGAUCCUCUCCUUUCGCCCUGACUCUGUAAUUUUCUUCGCCUCUAACCAGCAGAGCAGAUAAAAGCGGCACCAGAUUCAGUUUUUCCUCUCUCCACCUUUUCCCGUCUAGCUUUGCCAGUCACUCCAUUCACCCAACCCUCGGAGAAACGUUUGAUCUAUUUGACGAUAAUUGUAGAAUCAUUAUCGCCUCCAAGGGUUUUGAUGAUAUCUAUCUCUUUUUAUUUCUUCAUUUACUCAAUACCCAAUUUCAGACUCUAGUACUAGGACUCGCCAUGCCGGUUUCACUUCUUGUAGAGUAGCUCUUCAUGGGUUUUCCUGUUUUUUUUUGGGUUAUUACGGCUUUCUUGGGAUCUUUAAAGAAAUACCCAUUUCACUUCUAGACUCGCCAUGGUAGUGAUGAGUUUUUUUUUUUUCUCUAAUGGUGGUUAGUUAUGUCGUUGUUCAGGUCUCCUGGAUAUGGGACUUCAGAGAAACCCAGCAAAGGUAAACUAAUGGCGCCUACUCCUAUGCUUGCUUUCUUUAUGGAAAUCACAGAGUAGAUGGACGAGAGGUUGAAUGCCUGAGUGUCAGUUCCCCCCUUCGAUUGGCUUGAUUGGUCGGGUUUUUCCUUGAUUUGGUGAAGUGGGUUUCUCUUUUUUUUAGUUGAUUAAAGAGCAUCUAUGUGCUCUGCUUGUUGAAUUUAGUAGGUAUUACUGCUGGGUUUCUUGUUUCUGGUGAAGUGGGUUGAUCUUGUGUGAGUACUUGUGAAUGUGAUAAUUGUAGAUAGAUGGGUAAAGAAUGUUGACUACUACAAGUUCGUUAAGCAAACCAGGACUUGCAACUUUGACUUGUAGUCAACUUUCCCCAAUGUUGGAGAAACCAACAACUUUUCUUGUGUUUAAUGUAAUGGUUGUCCAAGUGGUAACUAAUUCUGCUUUGUGUUUUUUUCUGCCAACAGUUAGCUGAUUCAAACGGUAACUAAUGGCUACUUUGAUGUCAAGUCAACAAAGAAAUGUGAGGAGCAACGAUGAUGGUGGUAGUUCUGCAGAUGAGGAUGAUUUAGCAACGGUAUCGACGUAAGCGGCAAAGAACUUCUAAGGCAUGGGAGCCAUUUAAUUAUAUCCAUGGGAACCAAUUUCCAGACAACAUACCAAGAGCACAAUGCAAAAACUGUCUCAUGCUUUAUGUGGCAAAUAAAGAUAUUUCUAAUCUCACUCGUCAUAACCAUAAUUGUGUUGGACGUGCAACUGAAGUGCGGUGUUGGCUAUUGAAAACUCAAAAGCAAUAGAUCAAAAUAAAGUUAAGGAACUAAUGGCUAUGGCUAUCAUAAAGCAUGGAUAUGAAUUUGCAGUUGUUGAGCAUGGUGGACUUCAGAAUGUGAUGGUCUACUUGAAUGAUGGUUUUAAGUCAUUUACUCAUAACACUGCUAAGUCUUAUUGUUUGAAGAUUUAUAAGAGGGAAAAGGAAAAGUUGAAAAAUAUAUUGAGCGAGGUUCCUGGUAGGCUUUGUUAGACUUGCAAUUUGUGGACUUCUUGUGCUACAAAAGGAUAUCUAUGUCUCAUGGUUCAUUAUGUGGAUUCUGAAUGGAGGUUAAAUACUAAGAUCUUGAACUUCUGUCACAUUGUCCCUCCACAUAGUGCAGUAGCUUCGUUUCAUGUUGUGUAUGAUCUGUUGAAGGAGUGGCAAAUUGAAAAGAAAAUUUUCUCAAUAACAUUGGAUAAUGCUAGAUGCAACAAUGUUAUGUAAAGUUUGUUGAUCGAUCAAUUGAAAGAAGAUGAUGGUUUGGUAUGUGAUGGGAAUUAUUUUCAUGUCCGUUGUGGUGCCCAUAUUCUAAAUUUGAUUGUGCAUGAAGGGUUAAAACAGAUUCGUGCUUCGAUAAAUGUAAUUUGGGAGGGAGUGAAAUAUGUCAAGGGAUAUGAAUCUCGAAUGAUUGUCUUUGAAGAUUGUGCCAAAAGAAGCAAUUGUUUAAGCUCGAAAGGAUUGUGGUUAGAUUGUCCGACUAGGUGGAAUUCGACACACAUGAUGCUUGAAAGGGAUGAUGUUACACCCCGAUCUUGCCAAAAGUCAAAAUGAUUAUAGCCUUGGGUAAAUUUGUCAAAUUCCAUCAUAAUAUCGAUGGGGACUAAAAAUGCGAACUCUCGAUUCAAACGGUGUCGAAUUUUGACAUAAAUCGAAUAAGUUAUGGACGUUAGUUGAGUUUCAGAUUAAACUCACCCGUAAUUUAUGAAAUGUCCAAAUACCCCUUGAACUAAUUAAAACUCAAGCUAACCCUAAAUCUCGUUCCUCACCCACGUAAAUCCUCCUCCCAUUAUUUAUUCCCCACGAAGAAUCCCCAACCCUAAGCUACCAGCUAUCCCUCUCGGCUUCUCUCCAGGCACAAGAAGAGCCACCACAAAAUUUUUAUUGCUCCUCCAACAAAGCCAGCAGCCUAGCGGCGAUGACCUGGGAGUAGUCAAUUUACCGCAGCUUCCUACGUCGUCUACUGUCAAACUACUCGUCCAAUCGAGAAGAUGCUUCUGGCGCUGUGGGCAUCUCCGCUGUUGAAAGACUUGGUAGCUUGGCGUUAACUUAAUUUAGGGCGUAAGACUGAAUUGACGAUGGAGGAAUUUACUUGGAACAUUUUGGAAGAAUUUGAGACGCUGGGAAUAAAUUGAGGGACCGGAAUUAUUGGUAAGGGGCAAGCCAGUAGCUCUAAUUGGUUUGCUUUUAAUGGGACGAGGCAGCUAACUCUUCUUGCCUUUCUUAGUUUGCUGAUGCAGCUGUGAAAAUUAUGCGUCCUAGCUAGAGGUGGUGAUUAAUCCCAUAGAUGUAUGAUAAAUGGGAUGGUAAUGUCAGGUAGAGAGUUUGGUAUGGGAUAUUGAUACAAGAGCUUGGGGUGAAUGGAAUUAAAUGGACCAAGUCCAUUGUCCUCUUUUGAUUGGGGUUAGCAGUGCACGCAUGGAAGCUUGCCAACAAGAAAAGGGCAAGAAAAUCCUUCUUAUUGAAGAUUGAGGUUCAUCGACUGAUUACUGAGGUGAGUGUAAAGGGGGUAAAUUCUACGCCUUACAAAUUCUCUUAAGUAUCUUAGCGAGGUGGUUACCGUUGCUUGAUUAUGUGUAUGGUUGAUUAUAUGUGCUUUGUUUGAGCUAUUAUUUGAAGUGAAUGUGUGUUAUUUACCUUAUGCUUUACUUUAAUUAUGAGUGAUUGGUAAAGUUAAGAAACAAGUCCUUUUUAAGAAGUACUUCACCUUCUAAGAAUGUGAAGUCGUUUUAAGUAUUUUUAGUCACUAGCGCCAGUCCGUUGCAAUUUGAGAUUUUCAGAUAGAGCAGCAGUUAUGCUCUUGAGAUAUUUAAGUUGAGCAGUAGUUAUGCUCUUGAGAUUUUUAAGAUGAGUAGCAGUUAUGCUCUUGAGAAUCGUGGAAGAAGAGCCUUCUACGAUAAGUUUAAGUUUAAAGAAAGCCUUGAUGGCUUCUCAUACGUAUGAGUUGGCAACCGGACUAGCUAGUGAGGGAUCCCCGUGUUGGUCAAAUAUUUAAGUCAAGACUUGAGCUUUAAGAGAGGAGAGUAACUUCAACUCCCUCAAAGUUUAAGAGUUAAGAUUUUAAGAUUGGAAGUAUAAACAACUUCCACCAGUUAAAGUUAAGUGUUUAAGCAAAGUACUCAAGUAUAAGAAACUUUAAGCGUAAGGGCAUAGACUGACCCCAUCUCACUCACCAGGCCUAAGUAAAUGAAUGACCGAGAACCAGAUCGAUAGCAGCUAGCUAGGGGAGCAGUGAGAGAGCAUCGAGAUCGAGAGAGCCGCUCGAGGCAAGCCAGCUAGAGGAGGAUAGUACAAGCGUCACUGAAGGUGCUAGAGAUCUAAUUUGAGAAAGCACCAAAGUAGGGUUUUAGUUAUUGCUUUACGAUAAUGAUUAGUUACUGGAGAUUCAUAUUCAGAUUUUAAAGUUUGAGUUUGCCCAAAUGUUAGGGCUUCGGGUUUAAGUAAUGAUAGUCAUUUUCAGUGGUUAGUAAAAUUAUUUAUGAUAAGUAUCUGCUAUUUUUCUAAGUAUUUUUAGUUCUGAUUUUAUUUCACGGUUUAUCAAGGGUAUUUUAGUAAAACUAGUACCCGGCCGGGUUAGGGUGUUUCAGAUGAGCUCUAUCGUAGGGUGUUUCAGAUGAGCUCUAUCGUCGUGCUUUUCAACAUUUGAAGUUGGUUGAUAGAAACUUUGAUCGAUUUUUGUCGGAUGUCGAAUGGGAAAAGAUCAAGAAACUUAAGAAUAUUUUGAAACCAUUUGAUGACAUCACAAACUUGUAUUUCUGCAAUGUAUGGAGGAUUCAAAUGCGGAUGAUGAGGCAUCUAGAAGUAUGGAUAGUGAUAUUUUCGAUAUGGCUUUAGCAAUGAAGGAAAAAUUUGAUAAGUAUUGGGACUCCUACAGUACUAUUCUCGCUAUAGCAGUGGUCUUUGAUCUACGAUACAAAUUGAAUUCUGUGAAGUUUUGUUAUGAGAAGUUGUAUGGGGAUAUAGAUGUUGCUAAAGCAAAGUGUUGCGAGCUCCGAGGAAAUAUAUGUGACCUACUCAAGGUUUAUGGUGAUCCCAGCGAUCAAUCUCCAUCACUUGCUGAGCAUAUUGCUAAAGAUGUGGACUAUGGAGAUGAUAUGGAUGUAAGUAAAUAUGCUACUUAAUUUUUCUCUCUUAAUUCCUUUUUAUUUACUAAUAUGAGCUAGUUGGUUUAUAGGGAUUCGAUUCAUUUGGGGGAAAUCAGUUGUUAGGCGAUAGAACACAAUUAGAUGAAUAUAUGGAUGAUAAGACACUCAAGCGCAAACAACCAUUGGUUGUUCUUCUUUGGUGGAAGAAUAAUGAAUCUCGAUAACCCUGAGCUUGCUCACUUAACAAAAGAUGUUUUGAGCA